UCAUGCACUGGGGACCCUCCUGUAAGACGGUAUAAUAAGAAAAAAAAGGCCUUUCAUCGAAGAUAUCAUGACGGGGAAACAAGGCGCAGUGCUGUCGGAAAGUUUAAAUCUAUCGGAGAAAACCUCUCUGGGUGAAAAUGGAGGGAGUAACAGCCACCAGCCGAAGAGCAGCGCGACCCAUCCACCGCCCAGGUGCACCGGCUUUGGCAUCCAGGAGAUACUGGGGCUGAAUAAAGAACCGUCCGCGGCCCCGAGGACCCCGCUGGGCUCGUUGCCGGCCGGAGCGCACCUGAUCGCAGCCAGGUCCUUGCUGGGCCACGCCGGUGUGGGUGUCGGGAUGGGAUUAAUCGGCCCUGUUGGAAUUCCGUCGUUUUACAGCCAGCCAGCGUUUUUGGAGACGGUGCUGUCGGACGCACAAGAUGUUCACCUGCAGCCCCACAGCAGGUCCAUGGGGCCGCUGGACACCAGCCAGUCUGCCAGCUCAGACUCCGAGGAGACCUCAUCUUCAAAUGAACGAAAACUCUCAAAGUCAUCAAUAAGUCAGAGCAAGAAACGCAAGAAAAGACGUCACAGGACCAUAUUCACCUCAUAUCAGCUGGAGGAGCUGGAAAAGGCCUUUAAUGAAGCGCACUACCCGGAUGUUUACGCCCGAGAGAUGUUGGCCAUGAAAACAGAGCUACCUGAAGACAGGAUACAGGUAUGGUUUCAGAACCGCAGAGCCAAGUGGAGGAAGAGGGAGAAAUGCUGGGGCCGUAGCACCGUGAUGGCAGAGUAUGGGCUGUAUGGAGCCAUGGUGAGGCAUUCGAUCCCCCUGCCAGAGUCCAUCCUCAAGUCUGCCAAGGAUGGCAUCAUGGAGUCCUGCGCUCCCUGGCUCCUCGUCCAAGAUGGCUUACCAAUCAACAGACGCUAUUCUAAAUCUGAAUACCCGCAACUCUUUGCAGGGAUGCACAAAAAGUCCACGGAGGCAGCAGCUCCCCCGCCAACAGGAAAGUGCGACGCGCCCCAGCAGCCGAGCUCUCAGAGGGCAGAAGAGGCAGAAGCAGAGGAGAAGAGGUCGGAAGGCAAGUCCACCAUUUCUAAAGAGGAACUGAGGGAGAACAGCAUUGCUGCACUCAGGGCCAAGGCACAGGAGCACAGUGCCAAAGUGCUGGGGACGGUUUCUCAUGACAGACUGCUGGAGGGCAAACAGGAGAGACAGGCGGUCGAGGAGAAAGCCAGUGAUCCCCUGAGUCCGGCAGAGGAGGAGAAAAGUCCAUAGAGACUAUCACGUUCCUGAGGACUGUUAUUCUCGUGAGUGAAUGCAGCGGCCUGACUGCUUUCAGCAUGUGUAGGGACUUACCCAACAUAACUCACUGUCUGGCAGGUUUUCAUCCCUCAUUGACUCCUCUAAAACCGGCCUGCGUCUGGACUUCUUUAAGAAGAAAACUCAUCUGGCUGCUCUGCACAGAAGAUGUGAAUGCACUUUUUCUGAUUUACUUCCAAACGUACAGUUGUUGUUGCUCAUGCACAGUAGAGAAGAUUUGACUGAGUGGGAGUAAACGUGUUAAUACUGGUGUAUAUAGAUCCCACAGUUAUAUCCAGAUGAGUAAUGUUUUAUUCAGUAUAACAGUUGUAACACAUUAAUUAGGACCACCAAUGACCAAUGAGCAGUCAGUGUCUGAAGGUCUACAUUUCAUUGUUGCCAUUCAUUUUAAUGUUGCUUGUACUAAAUGGUGACAUUUGAAAUAAGAACCAUCCCACCGACAGUACUCUUUUAAGAGGAAGAAAGUAAUUGUUGUCCUAUAUCACGCUGUAUAUAAUUGAUAUAUUAAUCUCUCUCACUA